UCUUUUUUUUUUUUUUUUUCUCUCUGGCUCACGUGUGGGACCUGAAUUAUUGGGCACGAGUGCUUGGUCUCGGAAAAUGGCUUGCAGAUUUGAACGUUGGCAAAGAGCGGGCCACCCGAGCCCACAUUUUCCGCAAACUCUGUUUGACUUUUUCGUCCCAGAUUCUAUCCGUCUUCUUGGGGUGUUCUUUUGCGCUCGCUCAAUGGUUCGUGAUGCCCACCCAAAUCUGGUCUCAAUUUCUUUGGUUUGGGUGCGCCGCACCGAGAUUUCCCAUCCCGUCCUUCGAGUUCCACUAUAGGUGUCAAGUCGCAGCCGAUAAUCUCGUAUUACUGGGCGCAAAGGUAAUAAUUUUUUUUCAAGUGUUUUGUUUUUUUCCUGCUUUUCACCGGUCGGCCAAAAUGGAUUGCCCCAUCACCGAUGAUACAGUAAUCUUGUCCCUAAUUUCUUUAACGUUUUCCUUAUGGGGUCGGAUGG